UGUUUUUGAAAACACUUCUUCAUCAGGCACCCCACUAUUUCAGAGGAUAAAUUAUUGGGAGACUGCAGUGAACCAAGAUCGUGGACAUAAAAUAUGUUGAGCUGAACUUCAAACAUGGCUGUAAGAGAAAGUGCGGCACUUCUGUUGCUAUUGUCUGUUACCUUGGCCAAUGGACAUGGAUAUUAUAGAUAUAAUAAUGCACGUCACCUAGCUGGUUACCGAUACAGCAAUGGAGAUUCAGACAGUUCAGAAGAAAAUCGAGUGUCUGGUAGCUCUUCCCCAACAGUUAGAUGGCACCGUGGACCACCGGGUCCCCCUGGGAUACGUGGCCCACCAGGCCCACCAGGAUACCCAGGAAAAUCAGGGAUUGGACUGCCAGGACAACCUGGUUCUCCAGGACGACCAGGACCGCAAGGGAUGCCAGGAAUUGGAAAACCCGGCAUUCCAGGAGCACCAGGAAAGUCAGGACAAAGAGGACCUCCUGGACCCAAAGGUAUCAUGGGGCCUCAUGGAAUGCAAGGACCGAAAGGCCAGCAAGGUCCUCGAGGGUAUCCUGGGUCAGCGGGAAUUUCAUAUCCUGGUAAACCAGGCCCACCAGGGCCUGUUGGAUCUAUAGGACCGAUGGGACCACGUGGGGAGAAAGGAGAACAAGGGUAUCCUGGUCCUAUUGGUGCAAAAGGAGAAAAAGGAGUUGGAAUUCCAGGACAACCAGGGGAACGAGGUCCUCCAGGGCAACAAGGACCACAAGGAAUCCGUGGUGAACCAGGAUAUGGAAAACCAGGCGCCCCUGGUCCUGCUGGUUUACGAGGAACAAAGGGCGAAAAAGGCACAGCAGGUCCACCUGGAGUUUCUGGUGUCCCAGGUCAGAGAGGCUCCCCAGGAUUACCUGGGCCAUCAGGAAUUGGAAAACCUGGAGCAGAUGGCACACCAGGGUUGCCAGGACCUCCUGGGCCCAAGGGGCCUCCUGGUGCUCAAGGUCCACCAGGUGAUUCUGGCCUUCCCGGUUUUGGAAGGCCAGGCCCACCGGGACUUAAAGGGGACCCUGGUACCCCAGGCCCAGCAGGAUAUCGUGGAGAGAAAGGGGAGAAAGGUGAGCCUGGCAGCCCAGGGAGCUCGGGAAUGUCUGGAUCAACUGGUCCACCUGGGCCACAAGGUUUGAGAGGUGCACCUGGGGUACCAGGCGCACCAGGACCAAAGGGCAUGACUGGUCCAAUUGGAGCGCAAGGGUACCCAGGUCCAAAGGGUGCGAUAGGCCCCGGGGGAGCCCCAGGAAAAUCUGGAAUUCCAGGCGAGCCUGGUUUACCAGGCGCUGACGGACCAAUGGGACCACCUGGUCCAAAAGGCGCUAUCGGACCCGUCGGGCCACCUGGUAAGCCAGGUGACAGUGGUCUUCCAGGUCGUCCUGGGCCACCAGGAUUCCGAGGUGAAGUUGGAUUAACUGGACCUGCCGGACCACCAGGUCCAAGAGGUCUACCCGGAUUUCAAGGUCCUCCUGGAUUCCCUGGAGAGAAAGGAGAGCCAGGACCUCCAGGUCCCCCUGGACCACCAGGUCUUUCUUCUAGUCUUAAUGAAAAAACUCCGUAUGGCCGACCAGGCCCACCAGGGGCACCCGGCCCUCCAGGCCCACCUGGACUCCCUGGUCCACCAGGACGCCCAGGAGAAGUUGUGAAUCCUGGGAAAUAUGGAGGCUAUAAUGGUUAUGCAACACCGGAUGUCAUGAGAUCAUAUCCGGCUUUCACAGCCAUUCUUUUAGAAUCAUUUCCACCUGCAAGACAACCAAUAGCUUUUAACAAAAUACUGACUAAUCAAAACAACAAUUAUGAUCCCACUACUGGGAUAUUUACAUGUCAAAUACCAGGCAUCUAUCAAUUUUCUUACUAUAUACAAGUCAAAGGAGGAAAUGUUUGGGUUGGACUGUUCAAAAAUAAUGAACCUGUGAUGUACACAUACGAUGACUAUACAGAAGGUUAUGUUGAUCAAGCCUCAGGAAGUGCUAUAAUACAAUUAUGUGAAAAUGAUCAUGUCUUUGUUCAAUUACCUUCAGAAGAGUCCAAUGGUUUACAUUCCUCUGAUUAUAUGCAUUCUUCAUUCUCUGGGUUUUUAAUUAGUCAGACAUGUUAUGAAUUGAAAGGUGUUCCUUAUCAGAGUCUUGAGGAAAAUCCAAAGGGCAUCACAGUGAGAGGAGAUCCAGGAAUGCCUGGACCACCAGGACCUCCAGGACCCCCCGGACCCCCAGGGCAAGCUGGGUAUCCAGGAAAGCCAGGUGUUGGGUUGAUGGGACCCCCUGGCAGUCCGGGACAACCAGGGCCACAAGGACUAACUGUGAAGGGAACUCCAGGCAUUCCAGGAGCACCAGGGCCUGCAGGGAGGAUAGGGUAUCCUGGACAAAAAGGCGAUAAAGGAAUUCAAGGGAUACAAGGGCAAAGGGGUAGUCCAGGUCCUCCAGGAAAUCCCGGACCAGCUGGAUUGUCUGUUGUUGGUAAACCAGGCCCACAAGGGGCAUUAGGACCUCCAGGAGUACCAGGAUUACCUGGAGCAAAGGGACACCCAGGUUAUCCAGGCCUCCCUGGUCAAAAGGGGGAUAAAGGAAUUGGAAUUCCAGGGAUUUCAGGUGAAAGAGGGCUGCCUGGGCCACCAGGGGCACCAGGAACUCCAGGACCAGCAGGAUUAACUACAUCAGGUGCACCUGGACUUCCUGGUGAACCAGGUAAAAAAGGUGAAAUGGGACCACCAGGCCCAUCGGGUUUUACUGGAGCACCAGGUCAUAAAGGGCCACCAGGACUACCUGGACCAACAGGAAUAGGAAAGCCUGGAGCUGCAGGUGUACCAGGAUUGCAAGGGCCCCCUGGUUUGAAAGGUCAUCCUGGCAUACAAGGUUUGCCAGGGGCACCAGGACUGCCAGGUAUUGGAAAACCAGGCAUGCCAGGGCUGAAAGGAGAACCUGGCCCAGUAGGUUAUCCUGGAUAUCCUGGAAAGAAAGGAGAGAUGGGACCCAUCGGCAAGUCAGGAGACCCUGGUUUGAUGGGACCAGCUGGUCUUCCAGGAGCACAAGGCCCUAGAGGUUUACAAGGAAUUCCUGGCACACCAGGAGAAAAAGGUGCACCAGGACACAUGGGUGCACAAGGAUAUCCUGGAUCAAAGGGUGAGAGAGGGGUAACUGGUGUUCCAGGAAUAUCAGGGUCUCCUGGGAAAUCAGGCUCACCAGGACUACCAGGAACAGUUGGACCAGCUGGUCAAAAAGGGGAUAUUGGUCUCACUGGCCCAGCUGGGAAACCUGGAAAUCCUGGUCCUCCUGGUCCUCAAGGUCCAUUAGGUUUUCCAGGAGCAGUUGGAUUGCGAGGGGCACCCGGAGUGCCUGGUCAUAAAGGCUUGCCUGGGUUGCCAGGCCCACAAGGGCCUCCUGGACUAAAUGGUACUCCAGGAAAACCAGGAUUACCAGGUCCUCCGGGUCUCAUUAGCAGAGAAAUAACAAAGGGGCCACCAGGCGCACCAGGACAAACGGGUGCGGAAGGUGCUCCAGGUCCACCAGGCCUUCCUGGUCCACCAGGUUUACCUGGUGAAAUCUUUGUACAACCAGAGAAAUCGGUACAGCCACCACCUGGAUUGCUGAGCCCUAUUCCAGCUUUUACAGCCAUUCUUUCUAGGCCAUAUCCACCAGUAGGGCAACCAAUAAUAUUUGACAUUCUAGUGACCAAUUCAAAUAAUAAUUAUGAUCCAUCAUCUGGUGUUUUUACAUGUGAAGUACCAGGGCUUUAUCAAUUUAGUUACCAUGUACAAAUCAAGGGGAGGAGUGUUUGGGUUUCAUUAUAUAAAAACGGAAAAUCCAUACUGCAAACAUAUGAUGAUUAUACGAAAGGAUACGUAGAUCAGGCCUCAGGAAGUGCUAUAGUACACCUACAUGAAAAUGACCAAGUCUACAUACUAUUACCUUCAGAGGAAGCUAAUGGUUUAUAUUCAUCUGAUGAGAAACAGUCAUCCUUCUCAGGGUUUUUAAUUAGCCCUUCAUGA